UUUCCGCGUUGAUCUGCCAGCCAGAGCACGGAGUUUUCGACUUUCGUUAAUCAGCGCGUGUGGUGUGAAGCAUUCGGUUGUGUGUCGUGUGAAUUCUCCCUGUUUUUCACUACUUCUGUCUCAUUGCUCUCCGCGAGUUAGCCUAGAAAAAAAUCUUUUUGUUUCUUUUUCUUUAUGUUUUAGUGCAACCCGAAAUUGUGAUAUUUUAGUUUUUGAGUUUAAUUUAUUUUUUUCCUCCCGGGACCGGAAAAGACAACUGAUUUUAAAGAAAAACUAUUUGAAUUUGGACCCGUGCAUUUCGAGGAAAACCAGUUUCUAAUAAUUUGUUGUAUGAGUCAGAAAGCCGAAAGACCAGUACUAUCAGGUCAACGCAUCAAGACCAGGAAAAGGGAUGAAAGAGAGAAGAAUGACCCCACGGGAUUCCGUGACGCGGUCAUUGCAGGUCUUGAAGCAGCUGAAGAUCUAGAGCAAAUUUCCAAGUUUUUAGACAGUGCCGGUAACAAGCUUGAUUAUCGUCGCUACGGAGAAGUAUUAUUCGAUAUUUUGAUUGCUGGUGGAUUACUUGUACCCGGUGGAUCUAUCUCGCAAGAUGGCGAGAAACCACGUACCGAUUGCUGUCUAUUCGCAGCACCGGAAGACAUGGAAUCGAUGCGUAACCAUGAGCAGAUCUUUACACGGCUUAUGCGUCGAUACAAGUACCUCGAGAAAAUGUUUGAGGAGGAAAUGAAGAAGGUUCUAAUCUUCAUUAAAGGUUUUACUCCACUCGAAAGGCUCAAGCUAGCGCGCAUGACGGCACUAUGGAUUGCUAACAAUUCCAUACCACCGCACGUGCUGCUCGUCUUGAAUAACGAGCAUCUGACGAAGGAUGGUCUAGCACUCGAGUUUCUGCUCGAGGUGUUCGUCACCUUCAAGCAGGAAAAAGGCACGGCCCCGCUGGUAGCAGUCCUGCGCAAGGGAGGUCUUGAUAAUCGUUUGCUAGAUUUCUUGCCGAUUAACAAGCGUAGCGAGGAAUAUUUGAAGACCGUGUUCAUCGAAAAGGACUUAGCGGAUAUCUUCAAACUUCAUAUGGCUCAGGCGAGCCAAGAAGCAAAGCGAGAACUGACACAGUUGCUGAGCGAUGAUAUUAAUGAUGGCAAGUCAGCAAAAGAUAUUAUAGCCGACCUUAAGGAGAUGUCGGUCAGAUCAAACAUUCCUGAACAUGAACUUAUCGGUCUCAUCUGGAACACCAUUAUGUCACUGGCUGAAUGGAACAAGAAGGAAGAAUUAGUGGCUGAACAAGCGUUGAAGCAUCUGCGUACUUACACGCAACUAUUCGAAGCGUUCACCACCUCGAAUCGAUCGGAAAUGGCUCUGCUGCUCAAAGUACAAGAGUUCUGUUACGAAAAUAUGAACUUUAUGAAGGCGUUCCAGAAGAUUGUACUUCUAUUCUAUAAAACCGAGGUUGUCUCUGAGGAUUCGAUCCUUAAAUGGUACAAGGAAGGACACUCAAACAAGGGAAAGAUGCACUUCUUGGAGCAGAUGAAAAAAUUCAUCGAAUGGUUGCAAAGUGCUGAAGAAGAAACUGAAUCCGAAGAGGAGGAUUAAAUGGAGCCCCAAACAAUCCAAAACUUAUGACGAAUAUCGUGAAGACACGAAGGGAGAUUCUUUAGACCCACACACACGCAUACAUUAUAUAGUGAGCGAAAUGCAACAUAUUUAUUCUAUACAAAACACACCAACCAACCAACAACUUUCAUGUGAAUCAUUGAGUCUGGAAACAGAGAAGCUACUACUUGAAGCAAAUCGUGAGCCGAAAAGAAAUUACUCGUGAAAAGGCGGUAAAUUCGCUAGUGGAGAGCAUCAAACUCAUCUCUAGUAAUCUAGAAAAUAAAAUAGAUAAAACGGUCUACCGAAAACAAAAAUUUAUACAAAAAAAAAAUGAAAACCAAUAAAAACUGAUACACCGCAAACCGAAACAAGAUAAAAGUGGCAGUAAUUUUUUUUCUGUCGUGAAAAUUAGUUGAACAAAAAAGAAAUUUGUUACACCAAAUUGUAUCACGCAUACAUAGGUCCUGUAUCAUUCAACCAAUUGCUGUAUCAACAGAAACAGUGAUAAUAGCAUGCUUUUAAACAUUGACAAUUCUAAAAACAAACGACGGAUGUUACAAAAAUUGAAACCAUUGUAGUUAUACAUUCGCUGUGUAACUUCGUGAACCCUAAAAUAAUCACAAAUCAGUAAACUCUCCCGUGCAAAGUACCAACAGCUAGAACUAAAACGGCAGACCUUUCUAUGGUUCAAGGUGUUCAGGUCUCAGCGAAAAAUAUUAAGGUAGAGCAGAGUUUGGAGUCUUCCACUUUUUCGCUAAUUGAACUAUAAUCACACAAACAAGUAUAGCACAUUAUAGAAAUACAGAAGAAGUAAAACAUAAACGAAUUAGGUAUCUACAUUCUAUUUGUCCCUGAAGUAAAACGAAAGGCGACUUUCCGGUGAUUAAUCGAAGCACGAAUUGCAUUUUUGAGACAUGGUAGAAUGCAACUUGAGUAUAGCAUGAAAGUUAAAAUUAAACUGGAAAUAAAUUUUAAUAUUAACCAAGAAA